AUGGAUAAUAAACCAGAAUCUGAAUUUAGUUUUGACGCAAGUGCAAAACUAACAAAAUUCAUGUUGAAAAGCGUUGGUCUUUCUUUGGAUGCCUUUGCAGCAUCUGAAUUGGAAAAAAACAAAUACUGGAAAGUGUCCCAAGGGAUUUUAUUCUUUUUCUCUUAUACGUGUUUGUUUUUAUCAGUUAUUGGUGAAAUGAUAUACUUUCAGCAAGCUGUCAUCAAUUAUACAGGAUUUCGGAAAAUAACUGCAGUUGCACCUUGCAUUGGAUAUUGCUUACUGAGUUUAACAAAAAUGUUAACGGUUUCUCUUAAUUCAAAGAAAAUAUCUGAAAUGUACAUAGAACUAAGAGAAAUGUUUCCAAAAGAUGCUGAAAAUAUGAUUGUUAUAGAAAGUAUGAAGAAGUCUCGCAAAAAUAUGCUACAAUUUGUAAUACCAAACAUUGGGCUGAUUAUGUGUUUCAACUCAAUUCCUACAGUAGUUAUGUGCAUUCAAUAUUUCAGAGGUCAAGAAUUAACAUUUUCUUUACCAUAUUUAAUUUGGUGUUUUAGCUGGGAUUGCCCUUUCUGCCUGUAUACUGCUCAUUUAUGCAUGCAUUUUCGUUUACUUGCACAAAAAAUGCAGACUCUGAAAGCCCGAACUAAAUCUGGAUUGCUGGAUUUACAGGAACUUCGUCCAUGUAUUGAAGAGCACAAAAAAUUAAUCAGAUUUUCAGAAGAAAUAGAAAGCAUUUUCAGCCCAUCCUUUCUAAUAAAUUUUUUAGAUAGUUCUUUCAUGAUUUGCCUCUCAGGAUUUCAAAUAACAGCUGGAGUUGAUCCCGAAGAGCUAAUAACAUAUAUUCUGUUCUUAACAUCAGCACUAUUGCAGAUUAAUACUCUUUGCUCAUAUGGAGAACAAUUGAUUGAUACUAGCAGUGCUAUUACAUGGGCGGCAUAUGACUCACCAUGGCCUGAUGCUGAUGCUUCAUACAAAAAAUGCUUACAACUUAUAAUACAAAGAGCACAGCGACCACAAACAUAUACAGCCUUGAAAUUUUCUCAAGUUUCGAUGGAAAGUUUUGGAUCGAUACUCAAAGCUUCCUUUUCCUACUUCACUUUAUUGCGAACAGUUUUCAACAAAAAUUAA